UUCGCCUGACUGAGCCUGGCUGCCUCCGGCGACUCGAGGGCUUGCGUACCGCAUAGCUGAACUGCCGAGAAUAUCUCUGUGUGAUAGUCUCAUUUCUUCCCGCGACGUGGACCUCCACACACCAGGAGGCACACACAGCCUGAAACCCUAGCACUAUGGCAGAGGAGGCCGCGCCAGCACCAGCGCCACCCGAGCGCGUCGAGACCGUCGACCUCUCCGAGGAGGCCGAGUCGGAACCCGAGGCGCCCGCGCCGGCGCCGCUGGAGGUCCACAAGGCCUGGACGCGGCUCACGCACAAAUACCGGUGGCCCAUCCUCGCGCUGACGGCGCUGUCCUGGGCCCUCGCGCCGCUCGCGCCCGGCCUGCUGAGGGAGUGCAGCAACGCCGUCACGGCAGCGCCGGGCUCGCCGAGCAAGCGGGCCAAUCGCGCGAUCGCGCGCGCGUUCCCGGCGUCGUCCAAGGCCGCGACGCUCGUCGUCCUCGCGGAGGGGCCCCUGCUCGCAUCCUACGAAGAAUGGUGCGGCUUCGAGCGCGCCCUGGCUGCGUCCAUACAAACGGAGCAUGCAUCGUUCCUCAAGGCGCCGCUCGCGUCGUACUGUCUAUUAGCAGACCGCAACCUCACGUACCUCGCGGCGAACUUCGUGUCCCCCGAAGCGGCGCAGUUCGUCAUAACGUAUGAUGCAAGCCGGGGCCAGGCGGCCACCUCCAAAUUCGUAGCAUACGUCGAGGACAAGGCGCAGUCACUAAAACCCCAUCACUACAAAGUAGGAGCGACGGGCUUCGACGCCUUCGCCCGGGCGAGCGUCGAGGGCGAGCGCAAGGACCUGAGUGCCGUGGACGAGGUCAGCGUGCCGCUCGCGCUGCUAGUCAUGGCCCUCACGCUAGCUUGCGUACCAUUACUCGUCCUGCCGGUCGUGAACAUGCUCACGGCGACGAUCAUCGAGUUUGUGGUAGUAAGGUUGCUGGCGAAGUCCAUGACCAUCGCGCCCUUCGUGCCGUCGAUCAUGCUCACGGUGACGCUGGCCAUCUCCUUCGACUACUCGUUAUUUGUGUGUUCCAGAUAUUUGGAAGCAAGGCGCGCUGGCGUCUCCAAUGAGGCGCGCGUCGACGCGGUCAACCGGGGCGCGGGCCGGACGAUUGUCGUGAGCGGGUCGACAUUGAUAGCGUGUUUUUUGGGUUUGCUGUGCUUCCCGAACAAUAUACUCAGGGGCGUCGGCGCGGCGGUCGCCGUCGGCUUGGCGUGUGCGGUCCUCGUCAAUUUACUCGUGUCUCCCGCGUUGUUACACGUUUGUGGAGAGCGCCUGUGCCGAGCGCAGGACGUGGUCGUGCGCAAGGUUCUGACGUAUGUCCGCCGAUCGACCGACGAGGACUACGUUCCCCUCUCUCCAUCAAGACCGAAACAGAGGAACCCCUUCCGCUUCUUGUCGGACCUCGUCUGGCGCGAUUCAAAAUACGCGGUGGCCGCUUUGUGCAUAGUGGUCGCCGUGACGAUGCCGGCGUGCACGAGGGCGACUCAUUUAAGGACCGUGGCCGACCCGGUCAUGGUCGCGCCGUCGCCCUCGGAGCCGCAGAAGACCCUGGAUCGACUCGGAAAAACGUUCGGGGCCGGCGCCGUCGCGCCGUACACCGUGUUGUUUGAGGGUCCUUUUACGGACGCUGCCAUCACGGAGGCUGACGCGUUCCUCACGGCACUGGGCGAGCCCUACGCCGGUCCGACGUCGCUAAACGGGACGCUCCUAUCAGUAAGCGACUACGCGUCAUGUGUUUUUAGCAGCUCUGACUGGUGCCUCUCGCUGAAAGCUUUAUAUGCGACGUCCGUGACGAAAAGCGCCUUCCGCGCCACCGUGUCGCUGAGAGCCAACCCCUAUAGUAAUAGGGGCCUCAAAUGGCUCAAGAAAGCGCGCAAGAAAUGUACUUCGGGAAUAUAUAUAAAUGGCCCGGCGGCGGGCCUCUCCGACGUCGUCGACGCGCUGUACGCGAGCUUCCCGCGCGUCGUCGGCGCGACGUUGGGGGUGGUCUUCGUGUUGCUUUCCUUAUCAUUCAAAUCGGUGCUGGUGGCGGCGCGGAGCGUCCUUUGUUUGGCACUUACUUUAUCCUUCGCCUUCGGCUGCUGCGUUUUGAUAUAUCAGGACCACAGGUUAUCCAUCGACUUCCUCACGACGCGGACGGCGGACCGGGGCGUCUCGUGGCUCGCGCCUCUCUUAUGUUUCACGAUCGUCGUCGGGUUGGGUUUGGAUUAUGACAUCUUCUUCCUAGCGAGGGUCCACGAGUACCGCUUCGUGGGGCGAUUGUCGGACCGCGACGCGUGCGUCGAGGCGGCCGCGCGGACGGGCACGGUCAUCUCGUCGGCGGCGGUGAUCAUGGCCGUCGCGUUCUCUGGUUUAUUCUUCUCCACCACAACUAUAUUGAACCAGGCGGCGUUCCUGCUCACGUGCGCCGUGCUCUUCGACGCCUUCGUCGUGCGCGCGCUCGUGACGCCGUCGCUGCUGGCGCUUUCAGGUGAAUACGCGUGGUGGCCGUCCGUGCCGCCGGCGGCCGGGCCCCUGGCCGAGGGCCUCGCGCGCGUCGACGACGACGCCGCGUCCGACGACGACGACGGCGGGGUCGAUAUCUAAUGUGUCUGUACUU